GCUUUUCCAAGCAAGCUACUCACUCUGAUUGCCUCAAACCUCUCUCUGAUCACUCCCUUCACCUUCCCCAAAAAAGACAGACCUUGUAACCACUAAAGUUUCUUAACUAUAAUUUCCACCUUUUUCACCUAAUUCACUCACUUCCAAGUUCCAACGCUCAUAAAACCCCUCUCUUCCCUCCAACACCAUGCACCAAACAUUUGCUCAAAAACUUCUCUUGUAGAAGCAUUUCUUUCCAAGAAAAGCAAACCAAAGCCAGUCUACUUUUUCUCAUAAAGAUGUCAAAACAGCUUCUCAUCUCCCUUCCAAUCCUUCUUGUCUUCAUCUACCUCUGUACCUCAACUGUAGCCCAGUCUCCGGCUCAAGCCCCGUCUGCUCAAGCCAAAGCUCACGCCCCUACAGCUCAUGCCCCUUCUGCUCAAGCCAAAGCUCAACCAGCGGUUCAACCUCCCAUUGAAGUUCCCCUUGUUCAAGCACCGCCCCAUAAAGCCCUCACAGGCCCCACCAAUGUCACCAAAAUCCUUGAAAAAGCUGGCGGAUUCAGUGUUUUCAUCAGAAUCUUGAAGAGCACCCAAGUGAUCAACCAGGUUGAAACUGAACUGAACAACUCAAACAAUGCCUUAACUAUCUUUGCCCCCACCAAUGAUGCAUUUUCUGGCCUCAAACCGGGCCUUCUCAAUUCCCUCUCUAUCGAACAGAAGGUCCAGCUUUUGGAGUACCAUUUCCUUCCAGCUUUCGUACCAAUUUCGAGUUUCCAAACUGUGAGCAACCCGGUUCGCACACAAGCCAGCGACACUUACGAAUACCCACUCAAUAUCACCACCACCGGCAGUAUCGUCAACAUUUCCACCGGUAUUGUGAACACCACCAUUUCCGGGACAGUUUACACAGACAACCAGCUGGCUAUUUAUAAGGUUGACAGGGUGCUUCUUCCUCUUGGCGUUUUUGCUCCAAGGCCAAGGCCACCGGCUCCUGCACCGGCAGCUGGAGUCAAGAAGCCUAACAAGGAUGAGUCACCGUUCAGCCCCGUUGCUGCGGUGGAUGCAUCUGCGGGUGUUAGUUUCACCAGAAAUGGAAUGGUGUCCAUUGGCGUGGCUUUUGCUGCUGCUGUUUUUGUUUGGAGUCAGUUUUGAAUUUGAUUGUUAUGAAAUGAUUGCGCCAGAUUUGGAUCAAUCGGGGCGCGGCGCUUGUGUUAGAUUUUGUUAGUUGAUUUUGUGCUUACACGUUGGUUUUUGAUGCGAAGCUUUACUUUUUGUUUAUCGAAUGGUUUUGUUUCUCUGA